GAUAGAUGAAAAAUAAAGGAAAAAGGAAUAGAACAAUCAUCAGAAAUGGAGAUAGGAGCUGAGGAAUCUAACAAUACUCAAACGCUGUAUGAAGCAAGCAUGAGGGGAUGUGUAGCCACGUUGAACACAUUGAUUCAGAAUGAUCCAUUCAUUCUCCAUAAAAUUUCACUCACUGCCUUCACUGAAACUCCCUUACACAUCUCAGCUUUGCUUGGUCAUGUUGAAUUCAGUAAGGCUCUUGUGAGCCAAAAACCUCAACUUGUCACGGAGUUGGACUCAUUCAAACGCUCGCCUCUUCACUUAGCUUCUGCUGAGGGCCAUACUGAGAUUGUCAAAGAGCUGUUGCAAGCAAAUAAGAAGGUUUGCUUGGUUGCUGAUGAAGAGGGCAGAAUUCCUCUCCAUUUGGCUGCGAUGAGAGGGAGAGUUGAGGUGAUACAAGAGCUGAUAAGCGCAAAACCUGAGUCAAUUCUUGUGCAAAUCAACGGAGAAACAGUUUUACAAUUGUGUGUUAGGUAUAAUCAUCUGGAUGCUCUGAAACUACUGAUGGCAUCAGUCAAUGAUGAGGUGUUUCUCAACUCCAAAAACCUUGAAGGCAACACUAUCUUGCAAGUCUCUGCCAUGUUGAAACAAUUUGAGACUACAAGGUACUUGCUUUCAGUACCAAAGAUAAAAGUAGAUGUCAACUCCUUGAUCGAGAAUGGCUUUGCAGCAAUUUACAGAAACGGCACAAUUCCAAGGAAUUUGCAAAAUCCUAUUACUGAGACAACCACCAAAGCUCAAAGCACUCGAUCGGCCACCAAAAAAUCAAAAGCUGCUCUCAAGAAAGAAGCAAAAUCUCAUGCAGCAUUAUUGUCAUCAACGACAUAUGACUGGAGCAAAAAGGUAAUGAAGUACAAGAGUAACAAUUAUGAAAAUAUAAGAGGCAACUUGAUAGUGGUGGCCACAUUGAUUGCAGCCAUGAGUUUUCAAGUGGCAACAAAUCCACCAGGUGGGGACUGGAAAAGUGACGGAACCAAUAAAAAAGAUCAAAACUGCACAAUUGGAGCAGUAAACUGCAUUUUUAAAACUUCAAUAAAUGAAUACACUCAUGACAAGCUAGUAUUUUUCAGCACUCUCUCAUUUUCAGCAUCACUAAGCAUAAUCUUGUGGCUUAUCAGUGGAGUUCCUCUCAAAAACAGAGUUUCAGUGGGGAUUUUGCUCAUAGGAAUGUGGGCUACAGUGCUGUUUGUUGCAGCUACAUAUUAUUUAUACAUCAGCUUGGCUAUGCCACAUGAUUCACAAGAUCAAUAUGAUCACGUAUUUGAUUUUAUUAGUGUUUGGUACUUAUGGCUUUGGGCUGGGUUGCUUGCAGUCAUAAUUGCGAUUCAUACGCUUAGAUUUUGUUGGUGGGUGGUGAAGAAGCUGUUCAUGGGUGUAGUUUAUAUAGUUAGAUGUUGCUGUUGCUGUUGCUGUUAUAAGAACAAAAAGAACCAACACCAUGAUCAGAUUAUGAGCUUCAUAAGAUGUAACAUCUACUAGUGACAGUGCUUCCUGCCUGCCUUCGAGUGUGCAAUGUGAUAAUUCUCCUUGAAUUCAAGCAAAUUAAGCAAGAGAUAGAAAGGCUUGUACCUCAUCAUGUUGCUGCAAUAUAGCAGAUACUUGCAAGAUAGUGUUGCCUUCAAGGUUUUGGGAGUUGAGAAACUCCUCAUCUUCAACUGAUGCCACCAAUACUUUCAGCGAAUCCAAAUGAUUUUACCUAAAACACAAAUGUAAAACGCAUAUAGUUGGUUAUUUCCAUAAGAAAACGCAUAUUCAAGGUUAAGCCACGCGAUGACAUUUUACUUGUGUGUAAUAUGUCAUGUUUUUAAAUUUUCCGCUGCAAGACUUGUGUUUUUCUAUCAUGUAGUUUAAUUCGUGUUUUCUUUGGAUUGUAAGGAAUUUGAAAAUGUCUUAUACCAUAUGUUUUCCCUUGGUUUGCAAGAAAGUACUGUGUAUGUUUAUGAUGAAUGAAUGAGGAAAUGUUGAUGAAAU